UCAAUUUCUUAGGGGAAAAGUAGAGUUGAAGUUAAAGGCUAAUGGGGUAUGUAUCGAAGGAAUAUACGUAUGCAGAAUAAAAGACAUGGACAACCGUCGCCAUGCGGUUAACUUGAUUUUAGAACAAGUAGCCGAGGAAGUGACAAAUCUGUUGGAUUGGUUCACCAACAUGGUGAUCCAGAUGAUUGGGUUAAGAGGCAACUCUAUUUCUUUGAAAAGACUUCUGGACCUAAUCAAGCUCAAGGUGGUGAGUCUGGACAGUUGCCUAGAACAUCUGUACUACAACCGAGCCAACGUCACACAAGCCCUAGACAGGUACCUGUUCCUCAGUGAUAUCGUCUUCGUAUAUCAAGCCGAGUAUGAAGAACACAACGACACCGACAUUGACACGCCCAAACUCGAUUUUGAAAAACAAAAAAUUUUGGACUUGAUCGAAAAGAAGACAAACAUGAUUCCGAUUGAUGACAAGGAUGCACCUCAAAAAUCGUACACCGAUAUGUUGGGCGAAGCUCAAACGAAAAUAAUCAGAUUCACAAAAUUCUACAACCGUCGUUAUGGCUUUGGCUGGCUGAACACCGACAAACUCAAGUGGAAAGGCCUAAUGAAAUCCGCGACGGUUCAGCAAAUGGUGUCUCCGGUCAGUGGCAAAAGUCUGCAGCUGAGAUACGACGAAACGGCAGCCGAGGUGGACUCGACCAAAGUCAUAGCCUUCUACGCGGAAGUCGCCGAAACGAUCACCGUCCUGAUAGCUAAAAGGUCUUUUGACAUUUUACCGCUGUUCGUCGACUUUUUGCUGGCAAUGAUAAACGGUGGCUCGUCAAACGAUCCAAGCAGACGCGAACGUUUAGAGGUCGUAAUCAAAGUCUUAUCAGCACAGUUGGACGUCUUGAAAUUCUUCGAAGGCAUCAUAAUGUACAAGCUUCAUUUGGAAUGUCCGGCAGAACUGUUACUAGCCGCCAUCGAGAAUCUCGAUUGUGUCAUUAAUCGGAUCAGAGUCGUUUUGGUAAAAGACAAAGUAUUGGACCAGGAUAUACACACGUUCACGAUGCACAUAAACCCCGUGAAUGCGUCAGACCCAGCAGAGAAGCAGCCCGACAUUGCCGUUACUGAAAUUCCAACGGCCGAAAAACUCGUAAAAGACAUGAAGGCGAUUGUGUUGGAAACACGAGGUAUUGGCACAGUAUUGGUACCUUCAAAUUAGGUGAAUAAAUAAUAAUACGUAUACGUGUAUCCUAUUACA